CCCACUGGUGCAGGCGAUUUUCAGCGGCGAUCCAGAAGAGGUGCGGAUGCUGAUCUACAAAACGGAGGAUGUCAACGCCUUGGAUGCUGAGAAACGAACUCCUCUUCACGUUGCGUCUUUCCUGGGCGACGCAGACAUCAUUGAGCUGCUCAUCCUGUCAGGCGCUCGUGUCAACGCCAAGGACAACAUGUGGCUGACCCCUCUUCAUCGAGCUGUCGCUUCAAGGAGCGAAGAGGCCGUGCAGGUGCUGAUCAAGCACUCGGCUGACGUCAACGCUCGGGACAAGAACUGGCAGACGCCGCUGCACGUGGCGGCCGCCAACAAGGCGGUGAGGUGCGCCGAGGUCCUCAUUCCCAUGCUGAGCAGCGUCAACGUCUCCGACCGCGGCGGGCGCACGGCCUUGCACCACGCCGCUCUCAACGGCCACAUCGAGAUGGUAAACUUGCUCUUAGCCAAAGGGGCAAACAUCAACGCUUUUGACAAAAAGGACAGAAGAGCUCUUCACUGGGCAGCGUACAUGGGUCACCUGGAAGUUGUUGCCUUACUGAUCAACCAUGGUGCAGAGGUGACUUGUAAGGACAAGAAGGGUUACACUCCGCUUCAUGCAGCUGCAUCCAAUGGGCAGAUUAAUGUUGUAAAACAUCUCCUUAAUCUGGGUGUAGAGAUCGAUGAAAUGAACAUCUAUGGAAACACUGCACUUCACAUUGCCUGUUACAAUGGUCAGGACUCUGUCGUUAAUGAGCUGAUUGACUAUGGUGCUAAUGUAAACCAGCCUAAUAAUAAUGGAUUCACUCCCUUGCAUUUUGCUGCUGCCUCCACGCACGGAGCACUGUGUCUCGAACUGCUGGUGAAUAACGGGGCAGACGUAAACAUUCAGAGUAAGGACGGGAAGAGUCCACUGCACAUGACAGCCGUGCACGGGCGGUUCACGCGCUCCCAGACCCUCAUCCAGAACGGAGGUGAGAUUGACUGUGUUGAUAAGGAUGGUAACACCCCUCUGCAUGUGGCUGCACGAUAUGGACAUGAGCUUCUGAUUAACACCCUCAUAACCAGCGGAGCUGAUACUGCCAAGUGUGGGAUCCACAACAUGUUCCCUUUACACUUAGCAGCACUUAAUGCUCACUCAGACUGCUGCAGGAAAUUGCUGUCAUCGGGCUUUGCCAUAGACACCCCCGACAGCUUCGGGAGAACAUGCCUGCACGCCGCCGCCGCCGGAGGUAAUGUUGAAUGUAUAAAACUCUUGCAAAGUAGUGGAGCCGAUUUUAAUAAGAAGGACCAAUGUGGCAGGACACCUCUGCACUACGCAGCUGCAAAUUGUCAUUUCCACUGUAUUGAGACGCUGGUGACAACGGGCGCCAACAUCAAUGAAACGGAUGACUGGGGACGUACCCCUUUGCACUAUGCUGCUGCUUCGGACAUGGACCGAAAAAGAAAGAAUAUUUUAGGUAACUCCCAUGAAAAUGCUGAAGAACUUGAAAGAGCCAGCGAGAUGAAGGAAAAAGAAGCUGCAUUGUGUCUAGAGUUCCUGCUUCAAAAUGAUGCCAACCCAUCCCUCCAGGACAAAGAAGGGUACAACACGGUGCACUACGCUGCGGCCUACGGGCACCGGCAGUGCUUGGAACUGCUUCUGGAAAAAACAAACAAUAUGUUUGAGGAGUCUGAUUCGGCACCUACAAUAAGUCCUUUGCAUUUAGCUGCUUAUAACGGUCAUCACCAAGCCUUGGAAGUUCUUCUGCAAUCUCUGGUAGAUCUGGACAUUAAGGAUGAGAAGGGACGCACCGCUUUGGAUUUGGCUGCAUUUAAAGGACACGCGGAGUGUGUGGAAGCUCUCAUCAGCCAGGGUGCUUCUGUCACUGUAAAAGACCACGUCACCAAGAGGACCCCCCUGCACGCUUCGGUCAUCAAUGGCCACACGCCGUGUUUGCGGUUGUUGCUGGAAGUUGCAGACAACCCUGAUGUGACAGACGCCAAAGGACAGACCCCACUAAUGCUUGCUGUGGCAUAUGGGCACAUUGAUGCUGUUUCCUUGUUACUUGAAAAAGAAGCAUCUGUUGAUGCAGCUGAUCUCCUGGGAUGCACAGCUUUACAUCGAGGGAUUAUGACCGGGCAUGAAGAGUGUGUUCAGAUGCUGUUAGAGAAGGAAGUGUCUAUUUUGUGUCGAGACUGCAGAGGCAGAACCCCCCUGCACUUCGCGGCAGCUCGGGGCCAUGCCACCUGGCUGAGCGAGCUGCUGCAGAUGGCCCUCUCGGAGGAAGACUGCGGUUUGAAGGAUAAUCAUGGUUAUACACCCUUGCACUGGGCUUCUUACAAUGGUCAUGAAAACUGCAUAGAGGUACUAUUGGAACAAAAAUUAUUCCGCAAAUUCUAUGGUAAUAGCUUCUCUCCAUUGCACUGUGCCGUAAUUAACGAUCAUGAAAACUGUGCGUUGCUGCUCAUUGGAGCCCUAGAUGCCAGCAUUGUUAAUUGCAAAGAUGACAAAGGAAGCUGGGUUUGUUCACUGAUUUUUUGUUUCUGUACUUCAGACUUUUUGGUGAACGUUGCCAACGCUGACCUGACAUUAAAGGAUAAGGACUUGAAUACCGCUUUGCACUUGGCUAGCAGUAAAGGUCAUGAAAAAUGUGCCUUGUUAAUACUUGACAAGAUCCAAGAACAGAGCCUUAUUAAUGCAAAAAAUAAUGCAUUGCAGACACCUCUCCAUAUUGCUGCACGAAAUGGCUUAAAGAUGGUGGUUGAAGAGUUGCUAGCCAAAGGGGCAUGUGUCCUAGCAGUAGAUGAAAAUGUUUCUAGGUCGAAUGGACCCCGACCCUCAUCUGCAACAGAUGUACAAAAGGAAGAAUGAGACUUUAAAACAAACUCAGAAAAACAAACAAAAA